UCACUCAACACCGUUCAGAUGGAGCGAAACAACGUAAAUGAUCCUUCACGAUCCAGCGAUUCAUACUUUAACGAUGAAUUCAACGAAAAAGCCCAAAGGCUGAUGGAUGCAUGGCAUGUUCCCGGCCUAGCAAUUGGACUUAUUCAAGGCUCCUCGACCAGUUUCAAGGCGUACGGUCUUGCACAAUUACCUGAUAUUGCUGUAACGCCAGAAACAGUCUUUUUUGCUGCUAGCACUACCAAGGCUUUCACUGCUGCUAGCGUCUCUUUACUGGUGGACAAUGCGGAUUUGCGCUCGUCGUUCAAUCACUGUCCAUCGAAUUUGUCAUGGCAAACAACGCUCUCUUCAAUUUUAGGUGACGACUUUGCUCUGGACGAUGAUUCCAUCACCUCCCGUAUCACGCUAGAAGAUGCACUCAGCAAUCAGACUGGUUUACCCGACCAUAAAUUUAGCUUCAAGCCGAAAUCCGCAUCUGUAAGAGAUGUUGUCCGCUCUUUAAGGCAUCUCCCUAGAGCUGCAGAACCAGGUACACGGUAUCUCUAUAGUAGCUACAUGUUUUCGACUGUAUCACAUGCUAUGGAGACUAUGACCUCAAUGAGUCUGGGCAAUUUCAUGAAACAAAACAUUUGGCAACCUUUGGGCAUGACCCGCACCUAUUGGACGCCGGCAGAAGCAAUGGAAGCCAAAGCAUCAGGAACAGUCCUAGCUCGCGGAUACGCAUGGAGCGAAGCGAAUGAAUCGUUUGUGGAAGAGCCAGUGCCUGAUUUUCCUGCAGUGUCAGGGGCGGGCGCUAUUAUCAGCAACGUUGUUGACUACGCAAAAUGGCUGCAGUGCAUGAUGACGCAGUCUCCGCCUAUAAGUCCGGCUGCGCAUACCACCCUUACUACCCCGCGGAUCUCAUUUUCAGCCCCCGGUAACAAUCCAUUCCCGGUACCGCAUUCUUACGCCUUGGGAUGGUUCAUUGAUCACUACCGCGGGGAACGCAUCGUAUGGCACAGUGGUGGUUGGACUGGAUUUGGAACCACCGCGAUGUAUCUGCCAGAUCGCCAAUGGGGGCUGGUAAUGAUGGGAAACACAAGAGGGUCAAGCCAUUGCGUCCAGACAGCUCUAUAUAUGGGGAUGCUUGAUGAUCUCCUUGGGACACCUGAAGAUGAAAGAGUUGACUGGAAUAUUGAACUCCAGGGACGUCUUGCCCAGCGAAGAUCGGAUAUCGCUUGCUCCCCAGAAACCCUCUACCCGUCUCUCCCAUGCCCUGGAUGUUCACCUCCUCUUCCCUACCAAUCUUACGCUGGAGACUAUAUUCACGCCGGUUAUGGCGAUUUAGUUUUGGAGUGUCGUGGAGAUUCAUUAUUUGCUUCGCGUCUUGCUCAAGAGAUCCCUAUGGUGAUACGGAUGGUGCAUGUCUGCAAGGAAUCUUGGUUGGCCACUCUUAUGACUUUGAACGAAGAUCCACGCGACCACUUGGUUGUACGAGCGUCGUUUAAAGUAGAUGCUGAUGAUAAAGUCACUCAAGUGGGAUUAGACCUUGAGCCGGCACUGAAUGGGAACAUGAUUUGGUUUAGUCGGAAAGUAGUGACUGCAGGGUAUCCCUGACCAAUCUGUGUCUGCGGAUCUCAUACGGAG